UUGGCGGCAGCAGUCGCGGCGGCGGAGGCGGCCCGGGCGGCUGGGAUGGAGCAGAAGCGCGCCGGGCGCCGGAGUACAAGCAGCUGACGGAGCCGCGCGGCGCUCGCCUAGCUUCCCCUACCGCCGCCCGGUCGCCCGGCUCCCACCGCAGCCAGCGGACAGAGGAGGAGCUGCCCGCGCUCUGGGCGCUCGGUCAGUCCCGGCAAACUCUCCCGCUGCCCGCGCCGGGUUCGGCACCAAGCACCAGGGUACCAUGGUCUACAAGACUCUCUUCGCUCUCUGCAUCUUCACGGCAGGACUGAGGCUACAGAGCGCGUCUGAAUCAGCCCUCUCGCCUGUUUCUCUUCCGGCAAAGAGCAGCCCACCAACGGCCUUCUCUCCACAAAGCCCUCCUGCCUCCCCUACCGGUGGAACACCCAGCAGCUCGGUCCUCCCAGUUACAGCAUCGGCCCGGACAUCUCCAUCCGCCAAGAACGUCUCCACAGAGCCCAGAGAAGAGGAACCCACCAGCCCAGCCUCCAACUGGGAGGGCACAGACACAGACGCCUCACCAACAAGCGGUGGGGUCCACUUAACACCCACGCUCGAGGAACACACUUCAGACACUCCCGAGGCCGGGGUGGCAGCUACAGGGUCGCAGCCCCCCGUUGAGUCUCCCGCACUCACCUCCCCUCAAGCGCCAGCCUCAUCACCUUCACCCCCAUCAACCUCACCACCAGAGGAGGUUCCCUCUGCCCCUGUGAGCACCAACCGUAACUCCGCUGAGGCCAGCACCAAGCCCACAGGAGCUCUAACCACAUCAGAGCCCCCAGCGGAGGAGCACAUCUCUGGCCACGUAGCCACUUCACAUGCCCCCGCCGAGCCAGUGCCCACCGAGACCACGGCCCAAGCAACUGUGCCCCCCAGAGUGACCUGUAUGCUGAUAGACACGGAGACCACCACUGCCCCCCCCGGGGUGAUCAUGCAGGAAGUGGAGCAUGCGCUAAGUUCAGGCAGCAUCGCCGCCAUUACGGUGACAGUCAUUGCCGUGGUGUUGCUGGUGUUCGGAGUUGCAGCCUAUCUAAAGAUCAGGCAUUCCUCCUACGGAAGGCUCUUGGAUGACCACGACUACGGGUCCUGGGGAAACUACAACAAUCCUCUGUACGACGACUCCUAACAAAGGAAGGUGGCCUGAGAUGAGGAGUAACUGUCGUUAUUUAUCAGUGCUUAUCCAGUAGAAUUAAUAACAAGUACCUGAUGUGCAUUGAGCAACCAUCCUAAGCCCUGUUUUGUUGGUUUGGUUGUUUUGUUUUCCUCCCUCUCCUCUGGCUGCUACAACUUCCCCUUUCCGGUACCAAAAAAAAAAAAAAGAAAGAAAGAAAAUUAUUUAAAAGUGAGUGGAGUCUGACAUGCAGCUGACAUGGGCCAACCCUACGCUGUCCAGGCCGGACGCCACGGUGGAGGUGUCUGUACCCAGCGCAGGUCCCACUGCGAGAAGAAACAGGAAGAGGGAUCAAGUUGUGUUGUCAAGGGUUCCUUUUAGGGGAACUUUCAGUGUGUGGUAUUUCUUAAACUUUUCUUUAGGAGAUUACAUUCAGUCUCAAUGAGGGGAAAGGCGAUGAGUGCUGGGAGGAGUUUGCCCUGCAGGUAAGGAAGCAGGGGUUUCUCAGAUUCCUUUUUAAUCUCAAUUUAUCUGGUUGUGUCCCACAGGACACCUGCUUGGCUCUGCUAGCUGGAUGCCAGUUUCUUAGCUGCCUAAUUAAGGAAAGAGGAACCUAGAAGGUGCCCUGGGGGAGGCCAGCUGGCGGAGGGGCAGAGUAGCAGGCUGCUGUCAGAUCUCAGCCUGCCUGCUACCUGGCCUCCCCUCCAGGACACCUGUCUCUGCUGAGGAUGCCCGUUCUAGUCAACCGCAGCUGGGACCCCAGCCCACAAGCUUUCAGCGGUUCCACAGGAGAAGGCUGUGAGAUGAGUUUAGCUGUAGAAAAGAAAGGGAGAGACGUGUGAAGUGAGUGUGCAAUGGGGGCGUUGAGGAGGGUGGGAGGGAAGGGGCGUGUAACAUACACCGCGUACCUCAUUAGGGAAGGUAAGAGCUGCCCUCUGUAACUGUCAGAGACAUCCACUGCCUGAAGGAGCCUGUAGACUCCUUGCUUUCUACCCCCAAAGCAACUGGUUCACUGCCUUACUGUCUGUUCGAUAAAGGCUGUAAACUGGUUGUUCUUGUUGUUGUUCUUAUUGCUGUUAAUUUUUUAAAGGCACUAGUUUGUCUGCGGUUGCUCAGUGAGGCUUUUCCGUACAGACACAGUGAUUAAUCCGUUCACUUUUCCCAAAUGUUUACCUUACUAAUUCUGCUGUUUGAUAAAUGGACACCCCUGGGUACCUAGUUUUCAAAUCCUGCAUCACGAAUUUUGAGAAAGAGCUGAUCAUCUUGUGGGCAUCCGUUUCCAGCAGUGCUUCUCACAGCAGGUAAUUGUGCUUCCCCACCCCCAUCCAGGGAACAUUUGAAAAUGCCUGGUGAUACUUUCUGAGUGUCACAAUCUGGGGGUGCUACCACUGGGUAGAGGCCAUGGAGGCACUAAACAUCCCACGAUGUACAGAAUAGCCUACCCCAACUAAGAGUUAUCUGGCCCCAAAGGUCAAUAGUGCCGAGUGUGAGAAACUCUAAUUUAUUGUGAUGCUCGUUGCGACAAAACAAGACGCCCCAGGUUAGGGAUAGUUUUUACUUUUACCUAAAUGAAACGAUUCGCUCAAUUUUUAUCUCGAAAGUAUUUAGUGUCGGCGGAUGGGUUGUUUUUGCUAUGCAUGGUUGCCUUUUUAUUUCUGUGUGUUUUCUAGAUAGCUUUAUUUCAUGGCUCUAACCCUGUCCUCCUGAAACACCUGUGUAUUAGCAGCCAGCAUUUUAGUCCUGAUUUCAUAGCGUAGAAAAUAUACAUUGGGUUCUGUUUCAGAAUGUGUCACGGUAUCCUAUGCUAUCAUAAAGAACUUGAAACUGCA